AAUCACCUCAGGGCAAGUGGUUUUUAGAAUUUAAUUUACUUGGAUCAACAUGAAUGAACAAGCGAAGAAGAAUGAGACUCUGAAUGCACAAAACCCCGCGGAAAGAAAGGUGGAAACUGUGGACUAUCGAUCUUCGGCAGGGCAAGGGCAAGCAGAGAGGAACGUGCAGGUAAUUCACCAGCCCCGUUCGACCACCAGUGGUGGUGUUCUCGCUGGUGCUGCUGCUGCGGUGGCGUCCACUCUACAGUCUGCCAAGGAUGCUAUAUCCAAAAAGUAACGUAGUUAUGGAACGUCCUAUGAUCAAUUUGU